GUCUCAGUUAUUUAUUUCUCCUCAAUUUCUCUCUACUUCUCUCUCUCUCUCUCUCUCUCUCUCUCGCUCGCUCUGCGAUCUCAUCAAAACCCUAAUUUUGAUCGCAAACCUUCAAUUUCCUUCCGAUCAUCGGAGCUCAGCGAUCCGAUCAUCGUGAAAUUGCGUAAACAAAACCUUCACUCAGUUCGUUAUUCCAAUCACUGCUAGUUUUUGUUCCGAACCAAUUCAGUCUCUGCUCUUCGAUCAAUUAUUGAUAUUCCGGCGAUUGAUCGGUUCGCAAUUCAAAGCCGUUCUGAUUCGGGCAAUGCUUUCAGUUCCAACAUGAAGUUGAAGAGAAGGAGGGCCGUGGAAGUGCCUCCGAAAAUUAGAUCCUUCAUCAACAGCGUCACUGCUGUUCCACUUGAGAAUAUAGAGGAACCUUUAAAAGGUUUUGUCUGGGAGUACGAUAAGGGAGAUUUCCAUCAUUGGGUUGAUCUGUUCAACCAUUUUGAUUCAUUUUUUGAGAAGCAUAUAAAAUCUAGGAAGGACUUGCAGGUUGAGGAUAAUUUUCUCGACUCUGAUCCUCCUUUUCCAAGAGAAGCUCUUCUUCAAGUUCUCCGCGUGAUAAGAAUAAUUUUGGAGAACUGCACAAAUAAACACUUCUACAGUUCAUAUGAGCAGCAUCUCUCAUCUUUGCUUGCUUGCACCGAUGCGGAUGUGGUUGAGGCUUGCCUGCAGACUCUGGCUGCAUUUUUGAAGAAAACAGUAGGAAAGUAUUCCAUCAGAGAUGCUUCACUAAAUUCAAAGUUGUUUGCUCUUGCACAAGGUUGGGGAGGAAAGGAAGAGGGUCUUGGAUUAAUUGCCUGUGCAGUACAGGAUGGUUGUGACCCUAUUGCUUAUGAGUUAGGAUGCACCCUUCACUUUGAGUUUUAUGCGUUGAAAGAUGCAAGUGAAUUACCAACCACAGAACAGCAGACCCAAGGUUUACAAAUCAUUCAUUUACCUAACAUCAACACUCAUCCAGAGACUGAUCUUGAGCUUUUGAGUAAGCUAAUUGCCGAAUACAAAGUACCCAGUAGUUUGAGAUUUGCUUUAUUGACAAGAUUGCGUUUUGCAAGGGCUUUCGGCUCUUUAGCUACUCGUCAACAGUAUGCCUGCAUUCGUCUGUAUGCCUUCAUAGUUCUUGUUCAAGCAAAUAGUGAUGGCGAUGACCUUGUUUCUUUCUUCAACACUGAACCGGAGUUUGUCAAUGAACUAGUGUCAUUAUUGAGCUUGGAAGAUGUAGUUCCUGAGAAAAUUCGAAUUCUAUGUCUUCUUUCAUUGGUUGCUCUUUCUCAAGAUCGGGCCCGACAGCCUAAUGUUUUGACUGCUGUCACAUCUGGUGGGCAUCGUGGAAUCCUAUCCAGCCUCAUGCAGAAGGCCAUUGAUUCCGUCAUCAGUGAUACAUCAAAGUGGUCUGUUGUUUUUGCUGAGGCUCUGUUAUCUCUUGUUACAGUUUUGGUUUCAUCAUCAUCCGGUUGUUCAGCCAUGCGUGAAGCUGGAUUUAUCCCCACCCUUCUCCCUUUGCUUAAAGAUACAAAUCCACAGCACCUACAUUUGGUCAGCACAUCUGUGCAUAUUUUAGAAGCUUUUAUGGAUUACAGUAAUCCAGCUGCUGCAUUGUUCAGGGACUUGGGCGGUUUAGAUGAUACCAUCUCUCGCCUGCAGCUGGAAGUGUCUCAUGUAGAAAAUGGGCCAAAACAACAAGAUGAAGAUUCUAGUACCUCUGGAAGUGCACAAGUAGUUGCAGGAACUUCCACUGAGAUAGACAGCAUGCAACCUCUGUAUUCAGAACCUCUUGUUUCAUAUCAUCGACGACUGCUGAUGAAAGCUCUACUGCGUGCUAUAUCUCUGGGGACUUAUGCACCUGGAAAUACUGCCCGUGUUUAUGGCUCGGAGGAGAGCCUAUUGCCGCAAUGCUUAUGCAUAAUCUUUAAAAGGGCAAAAGAUUUUGGUGGUGGGGUGUUUUCACUUGCGGCUUCUGUCAUGAGUGAUUUAAUUCACAAAGAUCCUACCUGUUUUCCAGUUUUAGAUGAAGCAGGUCUUCCUUCUACCUUUCUGGAUGCUAUAAUGGAUGGCGUUCUUUGCUCAACAGAGGCCAUUACAUGCAUCCCACAGUGUCUGGAUGCCCUGUGUCUAAAUAAUAAUGGUCUUCAGGCUGUGAAAGAUCGCAAUGCAUUGAGGUGCUUUGUGAAGAUAUUUACUUCAAGAACCUAUCUGCGUGCUCUAACAAGUGAUACACCUGUCUCCCUAUCUAGUGGAUUGGAUGAAUUAAUGCGCCAUGCCUCCUCAUUACGUGGUCCUGGUGUGGAUAUGCUAAUUGAGAUUUUAAAUGUCAUCUCAAAAAUUGGACAUGGGGGUGAUUCUUUUCUCAUGUCAACCGAACUUUUAUCUUCUUCUACUCCUGUUCCCAUGGAAACUGAUGGAGAAGAAAGGAAUGUAGUCAUGUCAGAUGAUAGGGAGUCAUCCAAGAUGGAUAGUUCGGAGCAGGGAACUGAAACAUCUUCUGAUUCUUUAGUGGGAAAUGCUGAAGUAUUGCUUCCUGAUUGUGUGAGCAAUGUUGCACGUCUUCUUGAAACUAUACUUCAGAAUGGUGACACUUGUCGUAUAUUUGUGGAGAAGAAGGGAAUAGAAGCUGUCCUGCAGUUGUUUACCUUGCCUUUAAUGCCUCUUUCUGUUUCAGUUGGUCAGAGUAUAUCUAUUGCAUUUAAAAACUUCUCACCACAACAUUCUGCUUCUUUGGCUCGGGCGGUAUGUUCAUUUUUGAGAGAGCAUCUGAAAUCAACAAAUGAACUCUUAGUUUCAGUUGGUGGGACUCAACUUUCUUUGGUGGAAUCUGCAAAGCAAACUAAGGUUUUGAAGCAUCUUUCCAGUCUUGAAGCUAUUCUGUCUCUGUCUAAUGUUCUAUUGAAAGGGACGACUACUGUGGUGUCUGAACUGGGUGCAGCAGAUGCUGAUGUAUUGAAAGAUCUUGGGAGUACAUACAGGGAAAUCCUUUGGCAAAUCUCUCUGUGUAAUGAUGUCAAGUCUGAUGAGAAGAUCAAUGCUGAACAAGAACAAGACAUUGCUGAGGCAGCUCCAUCUAAUGCUUCGGGAAGGGAGAGUGAUGAUGAUGCUAAUACUCCCAUGGUGAGAUACAUGAACCCAGUUUCUAUUAGGAAUCAGCCCUUUUGGGGUGGAGAGCGUGAGUUCCUUUCAGUUGUUCGCAGUGGUGAAGGUUUGCACCGUCGUAGUACUCGGCAUGGGAUUACACGCAUGAGAGGAGGAAGGACAGGCCGGCAUUUGGAGGCUUUACAUAUUGAUUCUGAAUCUUCUUCCACAGUAUCGGAGGCAACUACAUCCCAGGAUUUGAAAAAGAAAAGUCCUGAUGUGCUUGUUACAGAAAUUCUUAACAAGCUCGCUUCCACUCUACGUUCCUUCUUCACAGCUCUUGUCAAGGGAUUCACAUCACCAAAUAGGCGUAGAGUUGACUCUGGAUCAUUGAGUUUGGCCUCAAAAACUCUUGGAACUGCCCUAGCUAAAGUUUAUCUUGAGGCUCUUAUUUUCCCUGGGCAUUCUACUUCAGCUGGGCUUGAUACUUCAUUAUCAGUCAAGUGUCGAUACCUUGGAAAAGUUGUGGAUGAUAUGAUGGCACUUACAUUUGAUAGCAGACGACGCACUUGUUAUACUGCAACAAUUAAUAAUUUCUAUGUCCAUGGUACCUUUAAGGAGCUGCUCACAACGUUUGAAGCUACUAGUCAGUUGUUAUGGACCCUACCAUAUUGUAUGCCAACAUCAGGCAUUGAUCAGGAAAAGACAGGUGAAGGCAGUAAACUGUCCCAUAGUUCAUGGCUGCUUGAGACUCUACAAAGCUAUUGCCGUGUGCUGGAGUAUUUUGUUAAUUCUUCUUUACUCUUAUCUACAACCUCUGCAUCCCAGGCACAGUUGCUUGUUCAGCCAGUUGCAGUUGGUCUAUCAAUUGGGCUUUUUCCUGUGCCAAGGGAACCAGAAGUUUUUGUUCGUAUGCUUCAGUCUCAAGUUCUUGAUGUAAUACUUCCUAUCUGGAACCACCCCAUGUUUCCAAAUUGUAGUCCAGGAUUCGUUGCUUCCAUUGUUUCACUUGUUAUGCAUGUAUAUUCUGGUGUGGGAGAUGUGAAGCAGAAUCGCAGUGGCAUUGCUGGAACUGCAAACCAAAGAUUCAUGCCUCCACCACUUGAUGAAGCUACUAUUACUACCAUUAUGGAGAUGGGUUUUUCAAGGGUCAGAGCAGAAGAAGCGCUUAGGAGGGUGGAAACAAAUAGCGUUGAAAUGGCCAUGGAGUGGCUUUGCAGCCAUGCUGAGGAUCCUGUGCAGGAGGAUGAUGAACUGGCCCGGGCACUUGCUCUAUCACUGGGAAAUUCAUCUGAAACAUCUAAAGCUGAUAAUGUUGACAAGUCUGUAGAUGUGCUGGCAGAAGAGAGUUGUGUGAAAGCUCCUCCAGUUGAUGAUAUUCUUGCUGCAUCAGUUAAGUUGUUUCAGAGCAGUGACACAAUGGCCUUCCCAUUGACAGAUUUGCUUGUGACACUUAGCAAUCGGAACAAAGGUGACGACCGUCCUAAAGUUGCAUCUUAUCUAAUUCAGCAGCUCAAGCUUUGUCCAUUGGAUUUUUCUAAGGAUACCAGUUCUUUGAGUAUGUUAUCACAUGUCAUAGCAUUGCUGCUUUCUGAGGAUGGAAGUACAAGGGAAAUUGCUGCACAGAAUGGUAUUGUGUCUGCUGCAGUAGAUAUCUUAAUGAAUUUUAAGGCCAAAGACGAGUCAGGCAAUGAACUUCUUGUUCCAAAAUGUAUUAGUGCUCUACUGCUUAUUUUGGAUAACAUGUUGCAAUCAAGGCCCAGAAUUUCUGAGAACAUUGAAGAGACUCAGACAGGAUCUCUGUCUGAACUAUCUGGAGAGCGUACUUCCUUGUCAAUCCCUGAUGCAGUUACAGAGAAAAAACAGGAUACGGAUGCCCAGGAAAAAGAUAGUGGCACUGGAUUUGAGAAAAUAUUGGGCAAAUCAACUGGUUAUUUGACUAUGGAAGAGAGUCAAAAGGUGCUGGCCGUUGCCUGUGAUUUGAUAAAGCAGCAUGUCCCAGCUAUGAUCAUGCAGGCUGUUUUACAGCUGUGUGCUCGUUUGACGAAAACUCAUGCUCUUGCUUUGCAGUUUCUUGAACAUGGAGGAUUAGCGGCUCUUUUUGGCCUUCCCAGAAGUUGUUUUUUCCCUGGAUAUGACACUGUUGCAUCUGCUAUUGUUCGCCAUCUCCUUGAAGAUCCGCAAACACUGCAAACAGCUAUGGAAUUGGAAAUUCGCCAAACACUGAGUGGCAACAGGCAUGGUGCACGUACUUCUGCAAGGACAUUUUUGACAUCAAUGGCACCUGUAAUCUCUAGAGAUCCGGUUGUUUUUAUGAAAGCUGCUGCUGCUGUUUGUCAGUUGGAGACAUCAGCAGGUAGGACAUUCAUUGUCUUAAUGAAGGAAAAAGAAAAGGAAAAGGACAAACCUAAAGCAUCUGGUGGUGAGGUUGGAUUAUCUUCCAAUGAAUCUAUCCGUAUUCCUGAAAAUAAAGUACAUGAUGGAUCAGGUAAAUGCUUGAAAGGUCACAAGAAGAUCCCUGCUAAUCUUACUCAAGUGAUUGAUCAGCUGCUUGAAAUUGUUUUGAAAUACUAUUUUCCAAAGAGCCAGGAAGAUUGUCAGAAUAACCUGUCUUCUAUGGAGGUAGAUGAACCUGCUACCAAGGUAAAGGGUAAAUCAAAGGUUGAUGAGACAAGGAAAGUGGAGUCUGAAUCUGAAAGAUCUGCAGGGCUGGCGAAGGUAACAUUUGUUCUCAAGUUACUGAGUGAUAUUCUUCUCAUGUAUGUACAUGCAGUUGGUGUUAUACUUAAACGGGAUUUGGAAUUGGCUCAAUUACGGGUAGCUAAUCAACUGGAAGGUCCUGGACAUGGUGGUAUACUUCAUCAUGUGAUUCAUCGAUUGCUUCCACUCACCAUUGAUAAAUCUGCUGGACCUGAUGAAUGGAGAGACAAGUUAUCUGAAAAAGCUUCUUGGUUCCUGGUAGUUCUGUGUGGUCGUUCUGGUGAAGGGCGUAGAAGAGUAAUUAAUGAGCUUGUGAAAGCAUUAUCAUCAUUUUCAAACAUUGAUGGUAAUUCUUCGAAGAGCAUCUUAUUGCCAGAUAAAAAGGUGUAUGCUUUUGUGGAUUUGGUGUACUCUAUUUUGUCUAAAAAUUCAUCAUCAAGCAACUUACCUGGUACGGGGUUUUCACCUGACAUAGCAAAAAGCAUGAUAGAUGGGGGAAUGAUUCAGUGUCUGACUAGUAUUCUCCAGGUGAUUGAUUUGGACCAUCCUGAUGCUCCCAAAACUGUGAAUCUCAUACUCAAGGCUUUAGAAAGUCUAACCAGGGCUGCUAAUGCUAGUGAGCAAUAUUUUAAAUCUGAUGAGACAAACAAGAAAAAGUCCAUGGUGUUAAAUAGAAGAUCUGAUGAUCAGGUAACUACUCCAGCUGAUGAUACAUUGGGGCAUAAUCAGAAUACAAGCAGUGAGCAGGAUGUCAGAGAUGCAGUGCCAACUGAACAACAGGAUCAAGGAACUUCUCAAAGUGAAGGUAAUCCUGAUGCAACUCCGAACCAGUCAGGGGAACAUGAUAUGAGAAUUGAAGUUGAAGGACCAUUGGCUUCUAACCAACCCAUGGAGCUUGGGAUGGAUUUUAUGCGUGAAGAGAUGGAAGAAGGCAAUGUGUUACACAACAAUGACCAAAUUGAAAUGACUUUUCGUGUUGAGGGUAGGGCAGAUGAUGACAUGGGUGAUGAAGAUGAUGACAUGGGUGAUGAUGGUGAGGAUGAUGAGGAUGAUGAUGAUGGAGAGGAUGAGGAUGAGGAUAUAGCAGAAGAUGGUGGCGGCAUGAUGUCUCUGGCUGAUACUGAUGUGGAAGACCAUGAUGAUACUGGCCUGGGAGAUGAUUAUAAUGAUGAGAUGAUUGAUGAAGAUGAUGAUGAUUUCCAUGAGAAUCGUGUCAUAGAAGUGAGAUGGAGGGAAGCCCUUGACGGGCUUGAUCAUUUACAUGUACUUGGGCAACCUGGAGCUGCAAGUGGUCUGAUUGAUGUUGCUGCCGAACCUUUUGAAGGGGUUAAUGUGGAUGACCUUUUUGGUCUACGAAGGCCGUUAGGUUUUGAUCGACGUCGUCAGACGAGUAGGUCUUCCUUUGAGCGAUCUGUUGCAGAAGCAAAUGGCUUUCAACAUCCUCUCCUUGUAAGGCCUCCCCAGUCUGGAGAUUUGGUAUCCAUGUGGUCAGCAGGUGGAAAUUCAUCCCGGGACUUAGAAGCUCUAUCAUCAGGGAGCUUUGAUGUAGCUCAUUUCUACAUGUUUGAUGCUCCUGUUCUUCCAUAUGAUCAUGUUCCAAGCAAUCUUUUCGGUGACCGUUUGGGUGGUGCAGCCCCGCCACCAUUGACUGAUUAUUCUGUAGGUAUGGAUUCAUUGCAGUUAUCGGGACGAAGAGGCCCAGGUGAUGGCCGGUGGACUGAUGAUGGCCAGCCUCAAGCAGGUGCUCAUGCUGCUGCUAUUGCUCAGGCAGUUGAGGAACAGUUUAUAUCCCAAUUGCGCAGUCUUGCUCCUGUUGACACCCCUGUUGAACCACAUUCUCAGAAUUCAGUAGUGCAGGAGAAACAGCCAGAUGUGCCUCCUUCAACUGAUGGUCAAGUAGUAGUAGAUCGUGGUAACACCACCAGCCAACAAGUUGAAGAUCAGCACCAAGACAGGGGUGUUGAGGUGACACAUCAAGAUAUCUCCAGGCCUGAGGGUAUUCCUCGCCAAGAACAAGUCAAUCAAGAAUCCUUUGUCGAAGAUGCAGGGGGCUGUUUGCAGGAACCUGAACCAAUGUCAAUCCAGGCACCUUCUUUGGACAGUACACGAAAUGAUAACAUGGACAUUGGGGAGGGUAAUGGCACUGCUGAGCAAGAAGGGUCAAUGCCGGAAUUUGUCAACUCAUCUGCAAGCACAAGGGUUGAUUUGCAACAGGAAGGGGGUUCUGAAGUGCCUUCUAAUGUCAAUGAUGCUACAGUAGAAGCUAUGGGUCAGGAUGGAUCUUCAGGCAAUCAAGCUGGUGACAUGCCAGCAAAUUUCGGCUUCAAUGUGUCUAAUUCAGGUGAUUCUCAUACUUCUCUGGUCCCAGAAAAUGUUGAUGUUGACAUGAAUUGCAUUGAUGAAGUAAAUCAAACUGGCCAUCCCAUGCCUGCUUUUGAAAAUGGUACAGAUGAGCCGUCAAGCCAAAACACAUUGGUUGCUCCAGAAGCUAAUCAGGCUGAACAAGUUACUUUGAACAAUGAGGCUCCUGGUGCUAAUGCAAUUGACCCUACAUUCUUGGAGGCUUUACCUGAAGAGUUGAGAGCGGAGGUUCUUGCUUCACAGCAAGCUCAGUCAGUUCAACCUCCUCCUUAUGCGCCACCUUCUGCGGAUGACAUUGAUCCUGAGUUUUUAGCCGCCCUUCCUCCGGAUAUUCAAGCAGAAGUUUUGGCUCAACAAAGAGCACAAAGAGUUGCACAACAGGCUGAAGGACAACCUGUUGACAUGGACAAUGCUUCAAUAAUUGCUACUUUUCCUGCUGAUUUACGGGAAGAGGUACUUUUAACUUCUUCAGAAGCAGUUUUGUCUGCAUUGCCUUCUCCACUACUGGCUGAAGCUCAAAUGCUAAGAGAUCGAGCAAUGAGUCAUUAUCAGGCUCGCAGCCUUUUCGGGAGCAGCCACAGGCUGAAUAAUAGGAGAAAUGGAUUGGGUUUUGACCGGCAUACAGUAAUGGACAGGGGUGUUGGAGUCACAAUUGGCCGGAGAGCAGUUUCUUCUAUUACAGAUAGCUUAAAGGGCAAGGAAAAUGAAGGCGAGCCACUUCUAGAUGCAAAUUCAUUGAAAGCCUUAAUUAGGCUUCUACGAUUAGCACAGCCCCUUGGCAAAGGACUCUUGCAGAGGCUCUUCUUAAUCCUUUGUACACACAGUGUUACAAGAGCAAUUUUAGUGCGUCUUUUGCUCGAUUUGAUCAAGCCUGAGGCUGAAGGCUCAGUCAGUGGAUUAGCUACUAUUAAUUCCCAAAGGCUUUAUGGUUGCCACUCAAAUGUUGUAUAUGGCAGAUCUCAGUUGUUAGAUGGUCUUCCUCCCUUGGUGUUGCGUCGGAUCCUUGAGAUCUUGACUUAUUUAGCUACAAAUCAUUCUGCAGUGGCAAAUAUGUUAUUCUACUUUGAUUUCUCAGGUGUUCCUCAGUCUUUAAGUCCCUUAAAUAUGGAUACCAAGAAGGACAAAGGCAAAGAGAAAAUCGGAGAAGGAGGAUUUUCAUCUAAUCCUGUCAACACCCAGGAUGGGGAUGUUCCCCUGAUAUUGUUUCUGAAGCUCCUUAAUCGACCUCAUUUCUUGCGUAGCACUGCUCAUCUUGAGCAGGUCAUGGACCUGCUUCAGGUUGUUGUUGAUAAUUCAGCUUCAAAAUUAGAGGUCCAUUCUCCCUCUGAAAGGGUUGAUGGGAAUUCCCAAAAUCUAUCUAUAAGUGAAACUUCUGGAGAUGGUCAGAAUGGUCGUCCUGUGGAACCAGAAUCUCAGCAAGAGGUUAAACCUGAUGGUGUUGGAUCAUCAACUUCAGAUGCAAACAAAAGUACAGAUACCCAUAGUAUUUUCUUGAAGCUGCCAGAAUCCGAUUUGCAUAAUCUUUGCAGUCUUCUUGGUCGUGAGGGGCUUUCAGAUAAAGUUUAUAUGCUUUCCAGUGAGGUGCUGAAGAAGUUGGCCUCAGUUGCAGUGACCCAUCGAAAGUUCUUUAUCUCAGAGCUUUCAGAAUUAGCUCAUGGUUUGAGUGCCUCAGCUGUCAGCGAGCUUGUCACUCUCCGGAAUACACAGAUGUUGGGUUUGAGUGCUGGUUCUAUGGCUGGGUCGGCAAUCUUACGAGUAUUGCAAUCACUUUGCUCACUCACUUCACCUGGUACAAAUGAGAAUUCAGUUUUGGAGAAUGAUGCAGAGCAGGAGGAGCAUGCCACCAUGUGGAAGCUAAAUAUUGCACUUGAGCCAUUGUGGCAAGAAUUGAGUGACUGUAUAAGUGCCACUGAAACACAGUUGGGCCAGAGCUCUUUUUGUCCAACCAUGUCCACUAUAAAUAUUGGGGACCAUGUACAAGGUUCCUCUUCUUCAUCUCCUCUUCCUCCUGGAACCCAGAGACUGCUUCCUUUUAUGGAGGCAUUUUUUGUGUUGUGUCAAAAGCUACAAGCAAACCACUCUAUUACACUGCAAGAUCAAGCUAAUGUGACUGCAAGAGAAGUCAAAGAGUCUGCUGGAAAUUCAGAUCCUUCAGGUACUAAGUUUUAUAGCUGUGGGGAUUCUCAGAGGAAGCUUGAUGGUGCUGUCACAUUUACAAGGUUUGCAGAGAAGCAUCGCCGUCUUUUGAAUGCAUUUAUCAGACAGAAUCCAGGGCUGUUGGAGAAAUCCCUUACUAUGAUGUUGAAGGCACCACGGCUAAUUGAUUUUGAUAACAAGAGAGCAUAUUUCCGAUCAAGAAUUAGGCAACAGCAUGAGCAACAUCUCUCCGGUCCGCUGCGAAUAAGUGUUCGUCGUGCUUAUGUUUUGGAAGAUUCUUACAAUCAGUUGAGAAUGCGUCCUAAUCAGGACAUGAAGGGACGAUUAAAUGUCCAAUUCCAAGGGGAAGAGGGUAUUGAUGCUGGUGGUCUAACGCGAGAAUGGUAUCAAUUACUAUCAAGGGUUAUAUUUGACAAAGGUGCAUUGCUUUUCACUACUGUCGGAAACAAUGCAACUUUCCAGCCAAACCCCAAUUCUGUAUACCAGACGGAACAUCUUUCUUACUUUAAAUUUGUGGGCCGCGUGGUUGCAAAGGCAGUAUUUGAUGGGCAACUUUUGGAUGUUUAUUUCACUCGAUCCUUCUACAAGCACAUACUUGGUGUAAAGGUGACAUACCAUGAUAUAGAAGCCGUGGAUCCUGAUUACUACAAGAAUUUGAAAUGGAUGUUAGAGAAUGAUGUGAGUGAUAUUCCUGACCUGACGUUUAGCAUGGAUGCGGAUGAAGAAAAGCAUAUUCUUUAUGAGAAAAACCAGGUGACUGAUUAUGAGCUUAAACCUGGAGGACGAAAUAUCAGGGUUACGGAAGAAACUAAGCACGAGUAUGUAGACCUUGUAGCUGAUCAUAUUUUGACAAAUGCUAUUCGUCCACAAAUUAAUUCUUUCUUGGAGGGGUUCAAUGAAUUGGUUCCACGCGAGCUUAUCUCGAUUUUUAAUGAUAAAGAGCUUGAGCUACUUAUCAGUGGUCUUCCGGAGAUUGAUUUGGAUGACUUGAAGGCAAACACCGAGUACACUGGCUAUACAGCAGCAUCUAGUGUUGUACAAUGGUUUUGGGAGGUGGUUAAAUGUUUCAACAAGGAGGACAUGGCAAGACUGCUUCAAUUUGUAACUGGCACAUCAAAGGUUCCAUUGGAAGGUUUCAAGGCUUUGCAAGGCAUCUCUGGUCCUCAGAGGUUUCAGAUUCACAAGGCAUAUGGAGCUCCUGACAGGCUGCCCUCUGCUCAUACAUGCUUUAAUCAACUAGACCUUCCUGAGUAUACCUCUAAGGAUCAGCUUCAUGAACGGUUGAUGCUUGCUAUUCAUGAAGGGAGUGAAGGAUUUGGCUUUGGCUGACCGAAAGAGUCUCGACUGAUUUGUUGCCCCAGUAUGCCAGUCAUCUGUCUCAAGUACCAUGUACAUAUGAAAGAGCCGGUACUGAUUUAGAGCUUUCAGAAUUACAAUCACCAAGGAUACGAGGAUGGUUUUGGUGAAUGAAAGCAUCGUCUGUUUAUUAGAGGGCGGUGAAGGAAUGAUGCUUUUAGAUGAUCAUACUAUUCUUGCUGGCUCAUGUGUGCUCCUCAAUGGCAAUGGCUGGGAAAUUUUAUUCUUUUGCGAAUUCUUUACUUGUCAGAAAAUUGGGGAGCGUACGAAUGUUGAUAGAAAUUAUGUUUUAUUGUUAAUAUAUUAGUAUUCAUGUUAUGAGUUCAAUCUGCUUUAGAUUAGGCAGUCUCUUUCUGUGGCCUGGAAGUUGGUAAUAAGGUUAGGUGGAAGUUGGUAAUAAGCUUAGGAAUCUGUAUAUGUAAUAGAAUCAUUUCCAGAUGGAUUCAUUUUGGGUUUUACUUAUUCAAGGCCAGAAAGGUGAUUCCAGUUUUGCUCUUCA